UCGGCGGCGGCGCGGCUCGUGUGAAGCGCGCGGAAUGGGCUCAACAUGGCGGAAACUCUAGCGCUUAUCCCGGUUCUUACAGUCUCUCUGCAGAGUGAGUUUCUAAUAAAGUUUCCCGGAGGAGUUGUUAUGGAAGCACCGGCGUCAGAUGAGAGCCAGUGAAGCCCCGGUGAAGAUGAACGGCGCAGAGCUCCAGGCGUCCGCUGCACCCCUGCCCUCAGAUCAGCUGCUGCGCUCCGGAGCGGUCAUAUUCCCCGGAGCCUUUGACCAGCACGGCUGUCCUCUGGUCCUGUUCCCCGCGGAGGCUCAGGGUAAACUCCCAGAGGAGCUCAGUAGAGAGGAGGUGUCCCACUUCAUACACUACUGUCUGCGCCUGCACAAUAUACGAGGCGAGGAGAGCCUGCUGUCUGUGGUGGUUGAUCUGAGGCAAGCCAACCUCUCCAUCGCACGUUUCAUCGCUGAGACUCUCCUGUUGCUGGAGGUCUCCAGAAGGAUCAUCCACUCAGUGUAUAUUGUUCAACCAAAGAAGAAAGAUGUCCUGAAGCUGCUGGGGAAACUCCUGACGCCGAGUGGCUCCAAGCAGCACAGACCCGUCCUCUUCAAACGUGUCUUCGUCAAAGAGGUUUUUGAGCUUUCCAACUACAUCGACAGAAGCCAGUUACCGUCUAGUUUGGGCGGAUACCUCGUUUACUGCCAUAAGAGCUGGGUCGCCUUCAUUAAGGAGAUGGAUGCGUUUGUGCAGGAGUUCCUGUUGGUGGUGAAGCGCCUGCCGUCCUGUAUCUGGAGUCUGCAGGCGCUCUCGAAGCGUCCCGUCCCAGCAGACCUGGAGCGGCUGCAGGAGUUCUGCUGUGUGAACCAGGCCCACUUCCAGCAGCUCCGCAGGGAUCUUGGUUUGGAUGACUUGUUGAAGCACUGCGAGGGUUUGUUGGAGAAGCUGCGGUUCCCUGAGAAAGAGCCCUGUUUUCAUGCCAUGGCUGGAACGCUGCUCUACACACACACCUCACUAGAGAUGCUCCACAACUACAACAGGAUCACUGCUGCGGUGGAGAAGGUGGAGUUACUGUGGCAGCAGGUGUUCUCCAGAGCCCACGUCCAGCUGCAGCUCCUCCAUCUGCAGAGGGACGCCCAGCAGAUACAGGAGCAGAUGUUUGCGCUGCACAGGGAGAAGGUUGAGCCCUACAGGAUUGAAGUGGCUACAGACGUGCACCGAGCUGAAGAGAUCCGGCUGGAGUUUGAGGCUUCAGUAUACACUCAUGCAAUGGCGCUGGUUCGUCGUGCGGAGGACGUCAUGCACACGUUAGCGGAGACGGUUCCCUUCAGCGAGAGGAAGCCUGCAGAGCCGUGGCUGGAGGAUCUGGACCGACUGAAGGAGAACCUGUCCUCUGCUGUUCAGCGUCUGUAUCAGACUCUCAGGACCGUGUCUGACUUCCAUCACACCUGCAACAGAUGUCAGAGCUGGUAUGGUGCAGUGCUGUGUGAGAGCCUCCUGCAGGAGCUGCUGUGGACUGGACACUGUGAGCUCAGACGAUCUCCAGACCGGUCCAGCUGCAGGAGACGAGUCCAGAGCUUCCUCAGGACAAACCCCUGCCCCGAGGUGCAGGAGCUGGUGAAGCUGGCUCAUCUCUCCAACGCAGUGAGCGACCCGCAGCUCCGGCACACCGGCACGCAGCUGUCUCACAGAUGCAUGACUCUGAGGAGACUCUUGACCUCCCCUGGAGCUGUUCCCCUUCACGACCUUCAGCUUGCCCUACAGUGGCAGUACGAGUUCCUCAGGGGUCACCACAAGACCGCUGACAUCACUUCCCCCGAGGACGAGCGGGUUUCCUGCGGUCUGCCUCCAGACUCGGCCGCUCGUGCGGUUCUUCAGUAUGAUAGCUUGUGUGAUUUGGCCAAGUGGCCUUCUGUUGGCGACUGCCGUCACCAGAUCUCGUCUGCAGGCAAACCUCCUUCUCUCAGCUCCUUUGACUCUGGCUUCGACGGAGCGGCCAGCAGUCACCUGGACAGCAGGACUAGAAGAGAGCCGCUGCCGAGGACUCUGGGAAACGGAGACUCUGCUUUCAAGUCGAAACCUCUGCGUGGACAGAUCGACGAGGAGAACAUUGUGAGCGUGUCUGAUUCUGAAGACCAGCGUGAAGAGCUAGGGUUUAGUUUAAAGCGGGACUCCACUCGUGCCAGCAUUCAGAUUGUUCCCAAAAUAACCUCCGACUCUCUGAACCUUGAGAUCAAGGUGAAGCGCUCCGGCACGCUGCCCAAGAACCCCUGGCUGAGCCUCCCGAUAGACGACCUGGAGAGCUCCUAUACGGUCACCAUCACCCCCAGCUCCUCCAGAGGCCCGAGGAGCCCCGGCCGGGCUGCAGAUCGACCCUCUCCGACGGAGGAGAUGGGGACUGCUCCAGACCACCGUCAGCAGAGCUUCCAGGAGUGCGAGCUGGAUCCUGGGGGAAACGUUCUCUCCAGUACCUUAACAGAUCUCGAAGACAAGCCCAGCAGCACGGUGGAUGAUCCUUCUCUUCUCUGGGACACCUUUGAUCUUCACAAUCUCAGACGGGACUCUUACGAACGGUUGGACGUGUCUCUUGGUGACUGGGUUCAGAGAGAGCAACAGGAGCUGAGAGAGGUGGAGGAGACUUUAGACCGAGCAGCUGAGAUACUACAGGAGGAGGAAAGUGUGCUUGCACAGGAAGUGGAGCUGGAGGAGCUGUUGAGGUCCGAGGACCUGCACAAACACUGGCCCACAUGGACUGAAGAACACCAGCUUGCAGUGAGUCUGAGUCCGCCUGGACUCACUCAAAACACCACAAUAGAUUUAAUUGAGUUUAUGCAGUUGCCAAAUGCAUAG